AUGUGGCGCACUGUCGUACUCGCAGCAGGCUUGCUAGUCUCACGCGCCUCAGCACACGGAGGAUGCUUGAACUACACGGUCGGCGACACCUGGUAUCCGGGAUACUCCCCUUUCGACGAUCAAGCUUUCCAAGACGCCGCCCCAUGGAUGGUCCAAAGAAAAUGGAUAACCAACGACCCCAUCUUCGAGCCCACCAACAUCUUACUCUCCUGCAACACACCAGGCACUCCCGCACGCGCUUACAUCCCCAUUCUCCCCGGUCAAAACAUCACCGCUGUCUACAUGUACUGGGUGCACACCGUCGGCCCAAUGAUCGCCUGGAUGGCGCGCUGCCCCAACGACGACUGCCACACCUUCGAUUCCUCGACAGCCUCCUGGUUCAAGAUCGGCGAGCGCGGGCUCCAAGACGGGACUAUCGAGCUAGGCAACUGGUUCCAGAAGACAUUCUCAAACUGGGACGGCACCCCUAGUUUGUGGAGCGAGACCAUACCGAAGGGUUUGAAGAAGGGAAAGUAUCUUGUCAGACAUGAGAUUAUUGCCUUGCAUAGUGCGCAUAAGCCUCAGUUUUAUCCCGAGUGUGCGCAUUUGGAUGUUGGGGGGGAGGGAGCAGAGGAGCCUGGGGAGGAGUUUUAUGCGAGCAUUCCGGGGGUGUGGAGUAUGGAUCAGCCUGAGAUUAAUAUCGAUAUUUAUGCGCCGGGUGUUUCGAAUAGGACGACGUACAAGAUACCGGGACCACCGGUGUGGAAUGGAGUGUAA